AUAGCCGCGACAGCUUGAAACGCGUGUCGUUGUGCUGCGUCCGUUUCUCUCUGUCUCUUGGUUUCGCUUCUCCUCUCGGGGAAGCAGCCGUUUGACAGAAAAGUCGUGCGUUGGAGCGCGUGUAACUCAUCUACCUACCCCACGGCCACCGUCUCCAUCGGGUUGAUGUGUUAUCGUUACCUGUUUUUUUUUAUUCUGGACAACGGAUUGAAAGGGGUCAGGGUGGUAGUGAAUGCUCUCCUUUCCGGUGGAGAGAAGAGCGCGCGAUUCGGAUAACGAGCAAACGAGACGAGACGUUCGUUCUCUAUCCGCAAGGUGGUGGGUAAUGAUAACAGAGGGUAAGCUUCGAGAGGGGGAGACCUCUGCUGACAGUGUGAUCGUCGCAGGAUUCUGAGUUGUUGGAAAAAGGAAGAAUCGUCGAUAAUACCGGUGCGUGGUGAGCUCGUGCCAGAGCUAGAGUUUCUCGAACCCCCGAACCCGGCGAGUAGACAGUGAAACAUACCGGUCGUGUUGCCCGGUGUAUCUAACCUUUUGAGUUGAACCGAUUGGACUGGAGGAGACUCGGUUACACACGGACGUCUCAGCUACAAUUGCAGGUGCCAGGACUUUCGGGGGUGGUGCUGGUUACACUUUAUUCCCAUACACGACUAACCCGAACGACCGAGGGAAUAAACGACUUUGGAUAAUCACUGUUGGAUCGCAUGGUGUCAGCACUCAUGCUUUAGUAAAAGCACGAGAGUAUUGAGAGCGGAGCGGAAAAGAGGCAGCACGAUGUGGCGCAUACUAGUCGUCGCAGUCUUGCUGGUGGCCACCUCGGUGGGUGACAAAGUGGUGGUUUUACCCCACGAUGUUUAUCCAGGAUACGAGGUGACGCUGUUUAAUACAAAACGUCCAUCGAACUUCCAUCUGAUGGAGAAUGGUUUUUCCAAAUUCUUCACUGUAUUGGGAAACGGUCUGGUGAUGACUACGUCCGAUUUGUCACCGCUGGUCGACCGGCCAGUGAACCUGAUCGUCCUCGAAGAAUUGGCCAACGGUACCGAGACACAUUUCCUCCAUCUAUACGUGAUUAAUCGCCGGAACAUGAUCACCUUCUCGCACGAUCACCUUGGCGAGGGGGAGGUACCGGAGAAUUCUGUCUCUGGCACCUUGAUCGACGGCUUUCCGGUCCUAAGAGCUCGAGGAAGCUUCCCGGUCCAUUACACCAUUCUCCCGGACGAAACUGGGGAUCGUCCGUUCGCUUUGCAAGAGGAAGACUCGAACCACACCGGUUUCAAUCUGACGUUGAACAGCCAGAAAGAUGGGGUCAGGGUGGUGACCGCGAAACCUCUGGACCGAGAGACCAAGAAGCUUUACACUGUCGCGAUACACGCUUCUGAUGGUUAUCUGCUUAGCAGUUCACAGAUCAGCGGCGUUGUCCACGUGCUGGACGAGAACGACAAUAGCCCCGUGUUCGAGAAAGAAUUAUACACGUUUGAGAUAAGACCGAGCAACCUGGACGCCAUUCACAAGAACUCUGUCGCACUUCCUGGAUGGAAACGGUUCUCUGUGGUGGGGAAGGUCGCUGCGAAGGAUGACGAUGGUGACAAGGUUGCCUAUAAAUUACUUACGCCUAGCAGUUUGUUGGUGGUAGUACCCCAGACUGGAGAACUUAUGUUGGUCGGCGAACCGGAAAUCACGAUGGACGAAGACAGCGAGUGUGUGGUGAUCGUCGAGGCUCACGAUGUACGAAGUCCUAGUCGAUCUGCGGAGAAACCAGCCAAGGUUAUUGUCAGAUUCUUGACGUCACAACCGGUGGACGUUGAAGUUCACCGAAUACAAAAACGUAGGGUAACCAGGGCUGUUAGGCCGACGAAGAAGGUGGACUUUACGGAAGCGGACGGCGAUGUCGAAGGAAAGAUCGUGUUUUAUUUGGAGAAGGAGAACGAGAAGGAGGAGUACAAGAUUAGGGAUGAGAAUAAAUGGGUCUCUGUUUGCUCGAAUGGGUCGGUUGUGGUGAAACAGAAAUGGGAUUACGAGGAGUUGGGCUCGGAAAAGACCAUUGACUUUUGGGUGACCAUUACGAAUACAGAUCGGUGUUCACGGUACCCGCCGUAUAUCCGGUGUCCAUUUCACGACACAGACAAUCAGCGUGUCAUUAUCAACAUGAAGGACGUUAACGAUGAACCGCCAUACUUCAUAAAUCGACCUCUGCCAAUGCAAACCGUCGUUCAGCUGAAUGCACCACCGAAUACCCAUGUGUUUACCCUUCAAGCAAGGGAUCCUGACACCGACAGCAAUAUUCAUUACUUCAUAGUGCGAGAUCGGACUGGAGGCCGUUUCGAGGUAGACGAACGAUCCGGAGUUGUACGUACCCGGGGGACCGAUCUCUUUCAGUUGGACAUGGAAUAUGUUCUGUAUGUGAAAGCAGAAGAUCAGAAUGGCCGUAUAGACGAGAGGCGUUUUCAGUCGACUCCUGAGGAACGUUUAUCGAUCGUAGGUGGAAAACGAGCACCUCAGUUUUACAUGAUCGCGUACGAAGCUGAAAUACCGGAAAACCAGAAGAAAGAUUCUGAUAUCAUAUCCGUGAAAGCAAAGUCAUUUGCCGAUCGUGAAAUUCGUUAUACGCUAAAAGCUCAAGGACUAGGAGCAGCAGGAACAUUUAACAUCGGACCAAGUUCCGGUAUUGUGAAGCUCGCUAAGGAAUUGGAUUUCGAGGAUCUACGUCAACCACAUAUUUAUUCUCUCUUAGUCACUGCUACCGAAGAUUCUGGUGGUUUUUCCACUUCCGUCGAGCUGACCAUACGCGUGUCCGAUGUGAACGACAAUGCCCCGAAAUUCGAGCUGCCCGAUUACCAAGCCCACAAUGUUGACGAGGAUAUUUCACUGGGCACAAGUAUAUUAAAAGUGAAAGCAACGGACGCAGAUUCCGGUGCUAACGCGGAAAUAGAGUAUUUGGUGUCAGACGACCACUUUAGCGUGGAUUCCCAAGGGAUAAUUGUUAACAAUAAACAGCUAGAUGCAGACAACAAUAAUGCUUAUUACGAAUUUGUUGUUACCGCCAGAGACAAAGGAGAACCACCAAAGACUGGUACAGCAACAGUACGAAUAUACACAAAGAACAAGAACGACGAAGAGCCAAAAUUCUCUCAGCAAGUGUACACGCCAAACGUGGACGAAAAUGCUGGACCCAACACCCUUGUCACAACCGUGGUAGCUUCAGACAAGGACGGUGACAAUGUUCGGUUCAGAUUCGUCGGGGGGAACACUACGUCCGGUCAGUUCGUGAUCGAGGAGAUCACUGGUGUGAUUCGACUGCACGGAAAAGAGAUAUCUCUGGAACGAGACAAAUACGAACUGAAUGUGACUGCUCUCGAUGAUGGAGCUUGUUGUCCUAAUGGAGAAACAACAACUCACACCAGUACUGCUGUCGUCGUGGUUUUCAUCACUGAUGUCAACGAUAACAAACCAGAGUUCAAAGACUGCAGCAUGUAUAAUCCAAAAGUCGAGGAAGGUGCACCCAAUGGAAGUACUGUUAUCAAGGUUCAAGCUACGGAUAAAGAUAAGGGUGUGAAUGGGCAGGUUAAAUAUUCCAUUGUUCAACAACCCAAUCAGAAAGGAACAAAAUUUACUGUUGAUGAGGAGACUGGCCAAGUCCUGACGAAUAAGGUAUUCGAUCGUGAGGGAGAUGAUGGAAAGUUCGUAUCUGUUACUGUUAAAGCAACAGAUCAAGGUGAACCUUCUUUGGAAGGUGUCUGUUCCUUCACUGUUGAAAUUACUGACGUUAAUGACAACCCACCCCUAUUCGACCGUCAGCGAUACGUAGAAAACGUAAAACAGGAUGCUAGUAUUGGCACAAACAUUCUAAGAGUAUCGGCAUCGGACGAAGAUGCCGAUAAUAACGGCGCUAUAACGUAUUCGUUGACAUCGCCGAACAAUGACCAAGGGUUGGAGUACUUUGAGAUUCAACCAGAGUCUGGUUGGAUCGUCUUAAAGAAGCCUCUAGACGGCUGUUUUCCACGUGACAGCUAUCGCCUGCGAGUACGGGCCUCCGACAGAGGGACGCAAGUGUUGUACGCAGAUGUGGACGUUGAGUUAGACGUCGUAGACAGAAACAAUAAACCACCUGUGUGGGAUGCGAAUGUAUACGGCCCCAUUCACAUCAAAGAAAAUGUCACAGUGGGUACUGUAGUGACGUCGGUGAAAGCCAGCUCGGGAAUCGACAAUAAUCCGACGGUGUUUUACCGGUUAAUGCCCGGAUCCACGGCUCAAACCAACAAGUUUCACACGUUUUACCUUCAGCAACGAGCCGAGAAGUCCGUCACCUGGGCCGAUAUCAAGGUUAACCAUCCUCUGGAUUACGAGAGCAUAAAGGAGUACAAUCUGACUAUACGAGUCGAGAACAAUGGUGCCCAGCAGCUUGCUUCUGAAGCAACUGUCUACAUUGUCUUGGAGGACGUUAACGACGAAAUACCUUUGUUCACCGAACGCGAACAAGAAACCGUACUCGAGGGUGAACCGGUUGGCAGUAAAGUUACUCAAGUCAACGCGAUUGAUAAGGAUGGCACUUUCCCGAAUAAUCAGGUCACUUAUUACGUGGUCGACAGCGAUAGGAACGAAGGAAAGGACUACUUCGAGAUCAACCGCGAGACGGGUGAAAUUUUCACGAAGGUUAUGUUCGAUCGUGAGAAACAGGGCGCUUAUGCAUUGGAAGUGGAGGCUAGAGAUGGUGCACCAUCGGCGAGACCUAACAGCAACGGACAACCGAAUUCAGUAACGAAAUUCAUCCGUAUUGGAAUAGCUGACAAGAACGACAAUCCACCUUACUUCGAUAAAGGCCUCUACGAGGCUGAAGUAGACGAAAAUGAGGAUAUUCAACACACGGUCCUCACUGUCACCGCCAAAGAUCACGACGAGUCCUCGCGUAUUCGAUACGAGAUUACGAGCGGUAACAUAGGCGGUGCAUUCGCUGUGAAGAAUAUGACCGGCGCCAUUUACGUCGCAGGUGCAUUGGAUUACGAGACCAGGAAAAGGUACGAGCUUCGCCUCACCGCGUCGGAUAACUUGAAAGAAAAUUACACUACCGUGGUGAUACAUGUAAAGGAUGUAAACGAUAAUCCGCCUGUCUUCGAGCGUCCAAAUUACUGGACGCAGAUCACCGAGGAAGACGACAGGACACUACCGAAACGUGUUCUUGUGGUCACAGCUACCGAUGGCGACAAAGACAGACCACAGAACAUCGUCUAUUUCUUAACUGGACAGGGUAUAGAUCCUGAUAAUCCAGCGAACAGCAAGUUCGAUAUCAAUCGCACGAGCGGAGAAAUCUAUGUAUUAAAGCCCCUGGACAGGGAUCAACCAAAUGGAAGACCUCAGUGGCGAUUCACCGUGUUUGCUCAAGAUGAAGGCGGAGAAGGUUUAGUUGGAUACGCUGAUGUCCAGGUGAACUUGAAGGAUAUCAACGAUAAUGCACCAACCUUCCCUCAAGGAAUUUAUUUUGGCAAUGUCACGGAAAAUGGCACCGCAGGAAUGGUGGUGAUGACUAUGACGGCGGUCGAUUACGAUGACCCGAACGAAAGUACAAACGCUAAACUGAUUUACUCUAUCGAGAAGAACGUGAUCGAAGAGGAAACUGGUUCGCCAAUUUUCGAAAUUGAAUCGGAAACAGGUGUGAUAAAAACGGCAGUAUGUUGCUUGGACAGAGAACGAACCCCGGAUUAUUCUAUACAGGUGGUAGCAAUGGAUGGAGGAGGGUUAAAAGGGACGGGGACAGCUUCUAUACGAGUGAAAGAUAUAAACGAUAUGCCCCCGCAAUUUACGAAAGAUGAAUGGUUCACCGAAGUGGACGAAACGGAAGGUCCAGAUUUACCGGAAAUGCCGAUUCUUACGGUCACCGUGCACGACGAAGAUGAAACUAAUAAAUUUCAAUAUAAGGUGAUCGAAAGCAGUGGUUAUGGUGCUGACAAAUUCACUAUGGUGAGAAACAACGAUGGCACAGGUUCAUUAAAAAUAGUGCAACCAUUGGAUUACGAGGACCAAAUGCAAAGCAACGGUUUUAGGUUUAGAAUACAGGUCAAUGAUAAGGGUGAAGACAAUGACAACGAUAAAUAUCAUGUCGCCUACUCUUGGGUAGUCGUUAAGCUUCGAGAUAUAAACGACAAUCAACCACAAUUCGAGAAGGCCAAUAUCGAGACUUCGGUGCCGGAAAAUGCUCAUAUUGGAAAUAGUCUUGAAACCUUCACAGCCACUGAUCCUGAUCAAGGUGGCAAGAGCAAAGUAUUUUACACGAUUGACAGGAGUUCAGAUCGUAAAAGACAAUUUUCAAUUAACGAAAACGGAACAGUUUCGAUCCAGAGGAGCCUUGACCGUGAGGAAACACCACGACAUCAGGUGAAAAUUUUGGCCAUCGACGACGGUAUUCCUCCAAAAACCGCAACAGCCACCUUAACAGUAAUUGUCCAGGACAUAAACGAUAAUCCACCAAGAUUCUUGAAGGAUUAUCGACCAAUACUUCAGGAACAUUCUCAAACGAAAAAAGUAGUAGAAAUAUUGGCAACGGACGACGACGAUAGAUCAAAGAGCAAUGGACCACCGUUCACUUUCAGAAUGGAUCCGAAAGCUGAUGAUGUGAUUCGAGCCAGUUUCAAAGUUGAAAGCGAUAACAAGGGUGCAAACGGGGAUGGUAUGGCCAUUGUGUCAUCAUUAAGAUCGUUUAAUAGAGAACAACAAAAGGAGUACUUGAUACCGAUCGUUAUCAAGGAUGCAGGAACUCCUUCAAUGUCUGGGACCAGUACCUUAACGGUCAUUAUCGGGGACAUUAAUGAUAACAAAAUGCAGCCUGGAUCGAAGGACAUUUUUGUAUAUAAUUAUGCAGGACAAUCACCAGAUACCGAGAUCGGAAGAGUAUACGUCUAUGAUUUGGACGAUUGGGAUUUACCAGACAAAAAAUUCUAUUGGGAAAGUUUAGAACAUACUCAAUUUAAAUUGGACGAGGAUAGUGGUAUGAUUUACAUGAAAGCAGGCACUCAUGAUGGUAGAUAUCACUUGCGCUUCAAAGUCUACGAUCGGAAACACACUCAAACAGAUGUCCCAGCAAACGUUACUGUUACCGUAAAAAGUAUUCCUCAUGAAGCUGUAUUGAACUCUGGAUCAAUUCGAAUAUCCGGUAUAACUGACGAAGAUUUUAUUCGAGUUUGGGAUUAUAAAUCGUCAACUUUGUCUCGUAGUAAGGCCGAAUUAUUUCGAGAUAAAUUGGCUCAUUUGUUGAGUAUUGACAGAGAAUAUGUUGAUGUAUUCAGUGUUCAAUUACGUAGAAUGCAUCCACCUUUAACGGACGUUAGAUUUGCUGCUCAUGGUUCACCGUAUUACAAACCUGUCAGGUUAAAUGGAAUCGUGCUAAUGCACCGUGAAGAGAUCGAGAAGGAAGUUGGUAUUAACAUAACAAUGGUCGGCAUUGAUGAAUGUUAUUACGAGAACGAAGUAUGCGAGGGUAGUUGCACAAAUACGCUGGAUAUCAGCAGUUUACCUUACAUGGUAAACGCAAACAAGACUGCUUUGGUCGGUGUGCGGGUGGAUGUAAUCGCAGAAUGUACAUGCGGGGCACGAAAUUUCAGUAAAGGCGAAUCUUGUAGAAGUAGCCCUUGUUAUAACGGUGGUCGUUGCGUGGAAGGACGAUUUGGAUUAUCAUGUCAGUGUCCAGCUGGAUACAAUGGUCCAAGGUGCCAACAGACUGCAAGAAGUUUCCGUGGUAAUGGUUGGGCUUGGUAUCCUGCUUUAGAAAUGUGCGAUAACAGUCAUUUAAGUUUCGAAUUCAUCACGAAAAAACCUGAUGGUUUACUUUUGUAUAACGGGCCUAUUGUUCCUCCUGAGGCGGACGAAAUUAUGGUUUCUGAUUUUAUAUCUGUCGAAUUGGAACGUGGAAUACCUCGAUUAUUGAUAGAUUUUGGAUCCGGAACUCUAGAACUAAAAGUGAAACCAAAGAGAACAUUGGAUGAUGGAGAAUGGCACAGAUUGGAUAUCUUUUGGAAUACAGAGACCGUGAAGCUGAUCAUUGACUACUGCAAGUCUGCAGACAUCUCAGAACCGGAAGACGGUACACCUCCAGAAUUUAACGAUACCAGCUGCCAAGCACAAGGCACCAUACCACCUUUCAAUGAAUACCUAAAUGUAAACGCGCCACUUCAAAUCGGUGGUUUAUACGUUGAAAAUUUCGAUCCAACCCAUUACAAAUGGAAACACAUGCCGGUUGGCAAGGGCUUUGAGGGUUGCAUAAAGAAUCUCUUCCACAACAGCAAACUUUAUGAUCUGGCUCAUCCUGGACUCUCCAGAAACAGCGUAGCCGGAUGUCCGCAAACCGAAGAAAUCUGCAACAACCAAGAAUCUACUUUGCGAUGCUGGGAACAUGGUACUUGUGUGGGAAGCUUUACCGAAGCUAGAUGUCAAUGUAAUUCCGGCUGGACGGGUCCUGGAUGCAUGACACCCACUAUACCAACAACGUUCAAACCACAAAGUUAUGUCAAAUACGCGUUGUCCUUUGAACCGGAUAAAUAUUCCACUCAGGUUCAAUUGAGGUUUCGUACUCGAGAGGUUCAUGGCGAACUGUUUAGAGUCAGUGAUCAACACAACAGAGAAUAUGCUAUUUUAGAGAUCAAGGAUAGCAGACUGCACUUCCGGUACAAUUUGAACAGUCUGAGGACCGAGGAGCGUGAUAUUUGGCUCACUGCCAUAGCUGUCGACGAUGGACAAUGGCAUACGGUCAGAGUUUCCAGAUACGGAUCAGCUGCUACUUUGGAACUAGAUGGUGGUGAAGGAAGAAGAUUCAACGAAACAUUUUCCUUCGAAGGGCAUCAAUGGUUGCUGGUUGACAAACAGGAAGGAGUUUAUGCGGGUGGCAAAGCUGAGUACACCGGUGUCCGAACUUUUGAAGUGUACGGUGAUUAUCAAAAAGGUUGUCUCGACGAUAUAAGAUUAGAAGGCAAGCAUCUUCCAUUACCGCCAGCCAUGAAUGGGACACAAUGGGGUCAAGCAACGAUGGCCAGAAAUCUGGAAAGAAAUUGUCCAUCAAACAAACCCUGUGCCAACGUCAUUUGCCCGGAGCCGUUCGAGUGUAUUGAUCUUUGGAAUGAAUACGAUUGCACGUGUGGUGAAGGAAGAAUUCCAUCGCCAGAUAAUAAAGGAUGUAUGGAUAAAAAUGAAUGCAUAGACUAUCCCUGUUUGAACGGUGGUAGAUGCAUCAAUCAGGAUCCUAGGUUCCGGUAUAGAUGCAUUUGUAACGAUGGUUAUUGGGGAGAAAAUUGUGAGCUUGUUCAAGAGGGUCAGACUCUGAAACUCGGCAUGGGAGCUUUAGCAGCUAUUCUUGUCUGUCUUCUAAUUAUUCUCGUUCUUGUCUUAGUAUUUGUUGUCUACAAUAGAAGAAGAGAAUCUCACAUUAAGUAUCCUGGUCCUGACGAUGACGUGAGAGAAAAUAUUAUUAAUUACGAUGACGAGGGUGGCGGAGAAGAUGACAUGACCGCAUUCGAUAUUACACCACUUCAAAUUCCUAUUGGUGGCCCGAUACCGGAAAUGGGUGGAAAACUACCUCCAUGUAAAAUAGCCUAUCCACUAGGACCGGAACCAAACGUGGGUAUGUUUAUAGAAGAUCAUAAAAAGAGAGCUGAUAGUGAUCCAAAUGCGCCGCCAUUCGAUGAUCUACGAAAUUAUGCCUACGAGGGUGGCGGAAGUAUCGCAGGCUCAUUAUCAUCUUUAGCUUCCGGAACAGACGACGAGCAGCAUGAGUACGAGUACUUAGGUGCCUGGGGCCCAAGAUUCGACAAGUUGGCUGACAUGUACGGGCCAGCAGAGGAAAGCGAAGAAGAGGACUAAAGAAAUCCUCAACGAAACUCCAUAGCUCACACGAUCCAUACACCUGUAGGAAGAAUAGUGCCCGUAUGAUCUUAAAUCAACAGAGAAAAAACGAACAAGAAACUAUCCAAUAGAACACGCGAAUUCGUAUGAACAAUUCGAGAUGAACAUACCUAUGAAGAAACGAACAGAGAAACAGGAAAUAGAAAGAAAACCCGCAAUCUAAUCGAAGUGGUGUAUUAAGUUUCCUCGAGCAACAAGAACGUUCCGUUUCAUUCAGCAAUCAUCGAGCCACAUCCGCGUUUCCGGUACGUGGCAUAUUUUACGCAAUGAGAAAGAAGCAUAAAUGAAAACGCAUCCGCUCGUCGAUGGUGAUCCCAUUGAAAUGGGCUUUCUGAUUCCCGUCGCGUUACGAACGUUGUUGCAAUAAAAUGUAUGUCGAAGUCACGGCUAUUACAAACGCGCCCUACGGUUGCGUCACCCUUCGAGGGUGCAUACCUAUCUGUAUAGCACGUUACGCGUAUACGUAGUGAAUUCGUGCGUGUCUUAACAACGCGCAAGACUUUUCUAUCGAUAAAAUAAAUCUAUAUAUAUAUAUAUAUAUAUAUAUAUACAAUUCAUUAUUUUUAGUCACAGUCAUAGUUACUAUUUAUCGGUACCACUGACCUCGAUGUCCCGGUAUUCGAUCGGUUAAUUAUUAAUCGUCGACGCGACAACAUCGGUUCGACUGGAAUUAGGGGACAUUUUCACGUGACAGUAAAGUGAAUGACUUUACAGCAUUGACAUUUUGCAGUACCAACUUGUUGAAAAUAAUUUUAUUUUCCCAAUUAGACCUCCUUGUUAAGUCAACUCAGAAAAAAUGAGUCUUUCAAGAGUCGACAGUACAAAAAUUAUGACUUUUAAUUAUCACAUUAAACUGUUUGGAAACAUUUUUAGUGCUACGUGAAAAGGUACUAUUAUAAUAAACGUUACUGAUGCCAGUAUCGUCGCCGUGUGCGUAAUCGUUUCCGUUUUCGACCGAGUCGUACCUCAAGGGCAUUGCUCAUUUGACCCGUUUCUGACCUUCAUCUUCAAUAGUUACUCGGUUCCUUUCCAACGCGAAUGCGCACCGGCUACCUGGUUCCGUGUAACGUACCCUGGACAAGUGUUGUCGAGUUUUUAAUAAAAAGAAUCCUCAGAUAAAUGAUUCGUGACGCCUUCCUCGUUCGCGUAAUACAAACGAUCCUAACGGUUAUAGGGUUAUUAGGAAUAUUAAAAGGCGGGUUUAGAUGUCGCGAGUCGAAAGCCAUCCUCAUCGUUGUCAUCGUCACCGUCACCAGCAUCCUCAUUAAUUAUUGAUAGUAUUAUUAUUGACAUUAUGAUAAAUAUAUAUAUAUGAAUUUAUAAAUAAAUAUAAAUAUACAUAUAUAUAUAUAGAAAGUGGAAAAAUAAAAGAGAGUUCAGUAAAGUGGAGCGCACGAAAGUCCGCGAAAGAACAAAGAGAGUUACCGCGCGCAUAUGUAAUUAUUACGAUUAAUAUUAUAUAGCGAUAUAAAUAAUGAAUAUAAAUAUAAAUAUAUACAUAUAUGUAUAUUAUAUAUAUGAGAAGAUGAAUUACAUACAGACGAGGAAACGUAAAGAGAAGUUUAAAAAACAAAAAAAAAAGAGGGUGAAGAGUAACCGUAGCGAAAAAUACCAAGGACGGUUGUCGAGAAAAGCUCACGAUUUAACUCUCGACGUAGUAUUAAUAUUUAUUUUCUGUCAGUGUCGAACCGGUCGAGAGUUUCAAAAGAUAUGAAGCAAAACGAUCGAAAGACGUGAUAAUCCUUUGAUUCGUGGUCGUCUGGGUAAUUUCGACCCUUGAUCAUGCGCGACGUAUCUCGGGCGAGCACAACGCGGCUUCCGGCAAAGGAAACAUCCUAGUGUCACGACGAUAAAGAUAGUGUCGCCUCGGAACAUCUCCACGCGUGUGUCUCGACUGAUUUGUAAAAUUUCUCUACGGAAAUAUUAAUAGUCAAUUUAUCGGUUAGGGGAAGCUCCGUCGGAUCGUGUGGUCCGGGCAUAGUGUUAAGCACUUGUACGAAUAUUGUAAGUAACGUCGUGUAUUUCGGUGUACCGGUUCCCUUCGUCUUGCGAUCGGUACCGAGCAUCUCUGUAUAAUUGUCCUACCAAGAUUCGUCGUAUCGUUUCCCAGUGAUGUUUGUGAUAUUACGUUUCCCAUACCCGUUAAUUCGACGUUUGUAUCGUUUCCUUUUGUAACCUCUACUGCCAUUGAGAAACGCCCUAUGAUCAUUUAUCUUUAAUCGAAACACUUAUACUGAUACUGAUGGAUGAUAUCAAAUUUUCAAACCUUACUUUAUCCUUUCAUUUAACCCUUUCGUUACGAAUGGUGUACAUGUACACUGGAAUUCAAAUUAUAGGAUAUGUACUUGUAUUAAUAAUCUUUAAUUAUUUAAAUUAUGUAUGCAGUGCCAGUUGUAAAAAUAGAUCAUUUUUAAUCUUAUUGUUAACUUCAAGUUUUCAAGUUCUAUUUCUUUUUUCCUCCUUUUUUUGUUUCUUCUUUUUUAAGAGAACAAGUGAUUUGAUUUUCAAGUCAAGCAAUGAAAAAGUAUUCUCGAUGUUGGUAGAUUUGCAUCAAUAAAUGAUCAUGUUUCAUCGUCUCACCGUCCUCCUCCUCCUUCUCCUCUUCGUAGUUCACCCUUUCGUUUCUCCGGCCAUUCCUAACGUCGAUUUCACCCCGCCAAGUAGUUUCUAAGCAGACACAGUAUUCGACGGACUGGCGUUGUAGGAGAACGAACGGUUUAUCGUUGAUUAACUGAUAAUGAGUUAAAUAGCAUGCGUGAGCGUGCACACGAGUGUACAGUGGCAAAACCGAUUAUCCCGCGAUACGCUUAUAACAGCGAAAUAUACGAAAUUAAGAGAACUUACAAUUUCUUGGAGAUUAAGUUUGCAAGAGAAAUAAAGAAUGUAUAUCGGGUUCAGUUCAAUAUUAAUUUAAUUUUUUUUCUGUUGUGUUACCGCAUAAUUAAAAUGGCAAUGUAAACAUUGAAACAAUAUAAGAAUAUUCAGUAUGAAAUAUACUUUUCUAUUAAAUCUUUGAAACUGAAAAGAUUCUUAUAUUAUAUGAAGAACAUGUGAAAUUAAACUCCAAGAUUAUCUCUCUAGCGCAAAUUUCUAGCGCAAUUUAGUAACUCAUAAAAAAGAUUCUCUCCAGUCGCGCGACUUAAGCACCUCGAAGAAUGUUCAGUAGUAUGCAAUACCUUACGAACUAAUUUGCAAUAAGUGACUGAAAAAAUUAGUUAAAAUAUAGUUACACCAAUUUUCGAUUUUUAUUCAAUGUUUGUAAGAUGUUACACUUCUUUUUACAUUGAAAGGCAAAUUUAUGAUUAUUUUAAUUGAUAUUUGAGAUUUCCGAAAUCAACUCAAUAGGAUUAUACAUACAUAGUGAUACAGAUCUUGAAAAAAGAUUAGCACAAAUUCUGCAAAUUAUAAAACAUUUCAAAAUAUUAAGUUUAUAUGAAAGCAUUUGAAAUAAUCUUUGGAUAUUUAAUCCAACUAAGAAAUUUUUUUGUAACUUAACUUACAUUAAAGUUCAAUAAUUUUGCAAAAUAUUUGAAGAUUAAUGCCAAAAUGCAAGUAGUUCGUAAGGUGUUAAUUCACGAAGCUAACGAGACACUUCGUCUAUUGAAUGCGAAAAUAAAUAGAAUCAAUGCGAUUUGCAUGGAAAAGUAUAUAAUUACGGUUUAAUUUGCCACUGAUGAAUCAAUACAGGAAAGAAACGAAAUUCUAAUGAAACAAAAUAAAAGAUCGAAAAAAAGAAGUGAGACCGUUAACAGCAAAAAGCGGCCGUCAUUCCAUAACGGUCGUACUCGUGGUUGGUUGAAAAGAAUCUGUAUUUUUAAGAAUCAGAAGCUAAUAGCUUCUCUUUAGUCAUUAAUAAAAAUCGUACUCUGUUAGGAUAUUACAAAUUUUUUUUUGUUAAUUAUAAGACAAUUUUUCUUUAUUCAAUAAUAUUAAAAUAGAACAUUUCUUUUGUAUGAUGCAUGUUCAAAGUGUGUUCACGAGUGACAAUGAAAUGAAUCCAAAGAAGUAAAACUUGUACAUUUUGUAGUAUAGUUACUUGUGAAUAUUUAAUAUUUUUGUUUCUGUGUGUGUAACAAUUAUCGUGCAACGUUCGUGUCAUCUGUAACUUAAAUUCAUUAUACAUUUAUUAUAUAGUAAGUUCACCUACUCGUUACAGUAGGAGUUAAUCUGAUUUCACGAAGAUCAAUGUACUUUUUGUACGAAAACAGAAAUUCGUAACAAGUCGACAUUAAUCGUCAUGAAUAUUCGUUUCGUUCUAGCAGAGAUCAUAUCCGUUUCAGCAAUACACGAACAUUUUGGAAACGAUCAAUUAACAGCCGUCGACUUUCUUUAACGAAUUUACCAUCGAAUGAUCAAUAUUAAUUUAAGGUAUCUCUUUCAAGCACACACGGCUCAACUUUUUUACCGAAAACGAGUUGGUAUGCACCUAAAAAAUGAUGGAGAACAAUACGAAAAUAAAAAUAAAGAACGAAACGUACUUAUUCUCAAAGAGAUCUCAUUGUCUGGAUUGAUAAAUGACCGAAAGACGUCCGUUCUCCGGUUAUGGUAAAAGAAAGAAUGAAGGAGAAAACGUGAAGCCCCGUGAAAAUGCGAACGAAAAGAACGGCGGCCACGCGAGCUCAUCCUACAUAUCUGUAAACUUUUUCCAAGCACUGCCUAAUCGUGCACAAAGAGAAAUGCUCGAGCAGAGUGGCUCGACCCUCCAUCCGGUACAAUUACGAUUCAAUGAAGCGAUGAUUACUUUUACAACGGCACUAGUCCGAUUUGUCGAACGACAGAAUUCUUCUCGCCAGCUCGAAAUUUCUCUUUGUUCGUUUUACAUCUUUCGAACAAAGAUUAGAGGUGGGAUCUAAGUAUACUGAAAAUAGGUUCGAAUAUUUGGAGAAAGAGAAGCAAUAAGCUCGAACCUAGAUGAAGUGGGUUCUAAUUUUUUAUAAGUACUUUAUAAUUAUAACUCGACUCUUUACGACUAUUUUACCUAAGUAAAAAUUUUCUAUUAAAAGUUUACAUAUAUUAAUUGCUGCAGUAAAAAUGGACAUUUAUAAUAAGGCACUUCAAAUGCAGUUAUGAAUGAUACAGUUGGUUAAUUUUUAAAUUUAAGUUUUUAAAUGAAUAUUUUACAUUAUUAGCAUAAUACUAACGUUACUCAUCACUUUCUACGGUAACGAGCAUGUAGGGCUUCCCCAGUGAAGAUGGCGAUAUCCUGGGCUUCCGUCCUUCCCUUAGGUGGCCCUGGGAAGAGUGGCGGUGUAGAGGAGAGGGUCCCAUAUAAUAUAAUAUAUAAGUACAGUCGAGAGAUGGAAAGAAUAUUAGGAAAAGGAAAGCGGGUACGAUUGGUCGGAGUCAGUACGUGACGCUUCGCGCACAUGCAUUCUAGAUUAUCGCGCGUUAUUGGCCGAUGCGAUCACACACUAAUCGCGUCGCCUGACAAAGAAGGAAAAUGAAACUUUGUGAGAAAGUGAGAUGGUACGAAGUUAGCGUUGCGACGAACUUUGAACUGUGAGAAUCAAACGUGGGGACAGGACGGAGCGUGCAAAGUGCUCCCUUUGCCCCUGUACCGUGCCGCUAAUGUUCUUUCCAUCUCUCGACUGUACAGCGAUUAAUGUGUGAUCGCAUCGGCCAAUAUGUAACGCCUGAUAAUCCAGAAUGCAUGUGCGUGAGGCAUGACGUACCGACUCCGACCAAUCGUACCCGCAUUCUUUUCCUAAUGUUCUUUCCAUCUCUCGAUAGUACUUUAUGCAGGACGCUCAUCUCCCACUACUUGCGUUAGACGUUUACGCGGGAGAAUUUCAAUCGAUAUUUAUGUUAUUAUUCAUAUUUUUUAAUUAUAUACUAAAUUUUAUAAUGUUUAGUAAUUAAAAAUUAUAUUUUAUUUUUUAAUCACUUUUAAUAUUGAGAUCGUCAAAAUUAAGUUUUUAAAAAUUCCUGUUUCCCUUGUAACGUUAUUUUCCCCAAAGAAGCCUAUUGUGUUCAAUGCUAUACAAUUGUGUAAUUAAUUAUUUUGUUUCGUGUGCGCGUAAAGUACGAUUAACAUUGCUUAUCUACUUUUAAUUUUGUAUUAGGAAUUUCAGAUCGUAAGGACUACUUCACAAUACUUUUAUACUAUAAAAUUUUGUCAAAUUUUCUAUAUUUCAAUAUUCAAUGUAUCGUUUUAUGGUUCGAAAGUAGUUCAUGUUUUAUGAUACAAGUAUCUUUCUUCAAUUAUUACUUUUUACGAGUAGUAGUAUUCAAAUCCCAUGAAGCGAAUACAUAUCGAACUUGAUCCCAUCUCUAAUGAUAACCCUUGUGUUACGAAGAGCGAGCGAGACAUUGUGUACAUCGAAAAAUAAAAUAUUCGUAUCGCUGAAAAUAUUCGGUUGGAAUGUCCUUUUGAUAAUAUAUAUUGUAUUUUUCUUUUCAGUGA